AUGGUGAGCAUUCGACCCGCCAUGAUGAAGGACCUGCUGGCGAUGCAGAGGUGCAACCUGCUCUGCCUGCCAGAAAACUACCAGUUGAAGUAUUACUUCUAUCACAUACUUUCAUGGCCCCAACUCUUGUAUGUGGCCGAGGACUAUGACGGGAAGAUUGUUGGAUACGUUUUGGCCAAGAUGGAGGAAGAUGCGAGCGAGGUCCAUGGCCACAUAACAUCGCUGGCAGUUGCACGCUCCCACAGAAAGCUAGGGCUGGCAACCAAACUGAUGAAUGCCGCUCACAGAGCCAUGGAGCAGGUGUUUGAUGCUGAGUAUUCAUCGCUUCAUGUCCGUGUCACCAACAAAGGGGCUCACCAUUUGUACAUGGAGACUCUGGGAUACAGGAUCCAUGACAUAGAGGCAAAGUACUAUGCAGAUGGCGAGGAUGCCUAUGAUAUGCGCAGAGUCCUGAAAGAAAAGAAGAAGGUCGGCAACAAGAAAGGUGAAAAUAGCGCAGACCAACCUGAAGCGAAGGAACGAUGA